CGAUUUCUUCCAACUUCAUUCAACAAAGGAGAAAAAAGGGGAACGAACGAAACCCUAAUUUUGCUUUCUCAUCUUGUUCACUUUACUCAAAUUCCUUUUAGAUUUCCCUCUAUUCAAUCUCCGAUAGCUCACAUGGCGUCUCGAAACUAUCGGUUGGAGCUUUUCGCAGCUUCGUUAACCGUAACUUUAGCUUUGAUUCACCUGGUCGAAGCAAAUUCCGAAGGAGAUGCUCUUUACGCUCUUCGCCGGAGUUUAACGGAUCCGGACCAUGUUCUCCAAAGCUGGGAUCCAACUCUUGUUAAUCCUUGUACCUGGUUCCAUGUCACCUGUAACCAAGACAACCGCGUCACUCGUGUGGAUUUGGGUAAUUCAAACCUCUCUGGACAUCUAGCGCCUGAACUUGGCAAGCUUGAACAUUUACAGUAUCUAGAGCUCUACAAAAACAACAUCCAAGGAACUAUACCUUCCGAACUUGGAAAUCUGAAGAAUCUCAUCAGCUUGGAUCUGUACAACAACAAUCUUACGGGGAUAGUUCCCACUUCUUUGGGAAAAUUGAAGUCUCUGGUCUUUUUACGACUUAAUGACAACCGAUUGACCGGUCCAAUCCCUAGAGCACUCACGGCAAUCCCAAGCCUUAAAGUUGUUGAUGUCUCAAGCAAUGAUUUGUGUGGAACAAUCCCAACAAACGGACCUUUUGCUCACAUUCCUUUACAGAACUUUGAGAACAACCCGCGAUUGGAAGGACCGGAAUUACUCGGUCUUGCAAGCUAUGACACUAACUGCACCUGAAACAACUGGCGAAACCUGAAAAAGAAGAAUUGGGGGGUGACCUUGUAAGAACACUUCACCACUUUUAUCAAAUAUCACAUCUAUUAUGUAAUAAGUAUAUAUAUGUAGUACCCCAAAAAAUGAAGAAUCGAAUCUCAA